AUGGCCCAGGAGGACUCGAUUACCAAGAAGAUCACCCCCCAGGACGACGUGCGUCCGUCGCGUGACCAUGCCGCCGCCGAAGCCGACCUGCGCAAAGGCGACAUCCUCGCCAUCGACGCGACCCGCGACAUCACCAUCGCCGAGCACGACCUGAAGUUCUGGGACGCCGUGCGCCAGUAUCCCACCGCUGUCGCCUGGGCGCUGUUUUUCUGCAUUGCCGUCGUCAUGGCCGGCUUCGACGCCCAGCUCGUCACGUCCUUCUAUGCCAUGCCCGCCUUCCAGCAGCGCUUUGGCUACGAAUAUCAAGGGUCGUACAUCAUCUCUGCCCCGUGGCAGACGGCCUUGGGGAUGGGCAACCCCAUCGGCCAGAUUCUGGGCGCCCUCGCCUGCGGCUGGCCGCUCGAACGGCUUGGCCGCCGCUUGACGCUGGCCCUCUGCUGCUUGUGGUCCGUCGGCUUCGUCUUCGUCCAGUUCUUCUCCACCUCGAUUAGGAUGCUCUGUGCUGGAGAGAUACUGGGCGGGCUGGCUUACGGCUUCUACGUCGUUAUCGCCCCGACCUAUGCGUCAGAGAUCUGUCCGCUGGCGCUGCGCGGCGUCCUGACUGCUGCUGUGAAUCUGGCCUUUGUGAUCGGCCAGUUUGUCGCGCAAGGCUGCUCUGCCGGGUUCCAGAGCCGGCUUGACGAGUGGGCGUACAAGGCGCCCUUUGCUAUCCAGUGGGUCUGGCCGGCUGUGCUGCUCGUCGGGCUGAUCUUUGCGCCCGAAAGUCCAUACUGGCUGGUCCGCAAGGGCCGAAAGGAGGAUGCGCGUGCUGCGCUCAAGCGGCUCUCGUCUGCCAAAUACCGUCCGGAUAUUGACGCGCUCGUCAAUAUGAUUGAGCACACGGAUCUCCUCGAGCGGGAGAUCGAAGCGACGACGACGUACUUCGACUGCUUCAAGGGCGUGAACCUCUUUCGCACGGAGAUCUCGGUCAUGGUGUACCUGAUCCAGGUCAUCGGGGGAAACCCGCUAAUUGCGUAUGCAAACUUCUUUUUCGAAAUGGCCGGGCUGGACUCGACCGAGUCAUUCAACAUGGGCGUGGGCAACACCGCUCUGGGGUUCGUUGGAACCUGUCUCUCGUGGCUCUUAAUCUUAUACUUUGGCCGCCGAACUAUAUACAACACGGGCAUGAUCUUCAUGACGAUCAUCCUCUUCGUCAUCGGCUUCCUCGACUUUGGCCGCAACCAGUCGCCCGUCGUCUGGGCGCAGGCCUCGCUGAUGGACAUCUGGACCUUCAUCUACCAGAUGACCGUCGGCCCGGUGUGCUUCGUCAUCAUCUCCGAGAUCUCGGCGACGCGGCUGCGCGGGCGGACCAUCGCCAUCGCGACCGCAGUCCAGGCCCUCGCCAGCAUCGUCUUCACCGUCGCGAUGCCCUACAUGCUGAACAGCGACCAGGCGGACUGGCGCGGCAAGGCGGGCUUCCUUUUCGGUGCCAUCAAUCUGGUGUGUUACGGCUGGUGCUGGUUCCGACUGCCCGAGAGUCGGGGCCGCACGUUCGAGGAGCUCGAUAUUCUGUUCGAGAAGAAGGUCCCUCCGCGGCAGUUUGCUAGGUACAAUCUGUUGGAUGAUAGUCAUGUAUAG